AUGAUCGUCAAACUCACCCAACCAUACAGCUUCCUGGAUGACUACAGCGAGGGUGCUCAUCCACGCCUACUGCAGUCCCUCCUCCUCACCAACGCCACACAACAAACCGGUUACGGCACCGAUGAAUACACACACGAAGCUCGUCAAUUAAUUUACUCUCAAAUACAAGCCACCGACGAUGAAGUCGCCAUCCACUUUGUCCCCAGCGGAACGGCCGCCAAUCUCAUCUCUAUUGCCAGCUGUCUGCGGCCGUAUGAAGCCGUCCUGGCUGUAGAAACCGGACAUAUCCUGGACAAAGAAGCCGGAGCCAUCGAAGCCACCGGCCACAAAGUCAUCCCCGUGCCCGGGGUCCGGGGCAAAAUGACCCCCGAGAAUCUCGAGCGGGUCUUGGAUCGCAAUACCUUCUUCCCGCACAUGGCCAAGCCGCGGCUGGUGUACAUCUCCAAUGCGACGGAGGUGGGCACGAUCUACACGCGGAGUGAGCUGCGGCGGCUGUCGGAGACGUGUCGACGGCGGGAUUUACUGCUGCAUGUGGACGGAGCGCGAUUGGGGGUGGCGCUGAUCGCCGAGAUGAAUGAUCUCACCCUACGCGAUAUGGUCGAUUACACCGAUAUCUUCUGGAUCGGUGGCACGAAGAUGGGCGCCUUGCUGGGCGAGGCGGUCGUGGUGCGCAGAAGUCUGGCCGAAGGGUUUGAAUUUAAUAUCAAGCAGCGCGGAGCCUUGCUGGGAAAGUCUCGCGUCAUGGGGGUGCAGUUUGCCGAGUUGUUUCGGGAUGGAUUGUAUUUUGAGCUGGCUAGACAUGCCAAUGCCAUGGCACGGCGCAUUUCGGCGCAGUUUGAGCGCAUGGGAUGGGAGCUGGCGGCCGACACAGAAACCAACCAGGUGUUUGUCGUGGUACCGGAUGCGAUGCUGCAUCGGCUGGCGGAGCGCAUUCGGUUCUACGAGUGGGACAAGCGUGAAACUGGCACGGUGAUUCGCAUUGUGACAGCUUGGGCUACGGAUGAGAUGGCGGUGGAUAAACUGUGUCAGUGGCUGGAGGCCAUCUAUCAGGCAUAG